AUGAAUCCUGGUGGUCAGGGCGAAUUGCCCGGUGGCGCAGCUGCCAUUGAAGAAAACAUUGAGGAGAAGGAAAGAUCACAACUGGGCAUUGUCACAGACCAGCAAACGGACACUGUGCCACUCUCUGAGAAGAGCCCUGCCUCCCCAGUCAGUCCUUCUACGCCCAUCUCUGGCAACUUUAAGUCUCCCCCUACUGCUGUCUCGCCUAAGACGCCUACGUCGCAGUCCUCCGACUCGGAUACUCGUCCCGACCUUACAAAGUUCGACUCGAAGAUUGUUCAGGUUCGAGAUGUACCAGAGGGCGAUGCGGCGUUGGCCCACUUACCAGAGCAUGAGAGGGCGGUCCUGAAAAAGCAGUUGGAUGUCCCAGACGUGAAAGUCUCCUACUGGACGCUAUACCGGUACGCGACCAAGUGGGACAAGGUCUUCAUUGUCAUAGCAUGCCUCUGUGCAAUCGGCGCCGGUGCCGUCAUGCCUCUGAUGACAGUCGUCUUUGGAAAUCUCAGUGGUACAUUCCAGGGUCUGGUGCUGGGGAAUCUCUCAUCAAGUUUCAACUCCAUCCUCACACGAUAUGUUCUCUACUUUAUUUACCUGGCUAUUGGAGAGUUCUGUCUGGUAUAUAUUUCAACCGUUCUCUUCAUCUACACUGGCGAGCACAUUACUUCCAAAGUCCGAGAGCAAUAUCUUAGGGCAAUUUUGCGACAGAACAUCGGAUUUUUCGACAAAUUGGGGGCUGGAGAGGUCACAACGCGUAUCACUGCCGAUACAAACCUUAUCCAGGAGGCCAUCAGUGAGAAGGUCGGGUUAACCCUCACGGGUGUCGCCACAUUCUUCUCGGCAUUCGUUAUCGGUUUCGUCAAGUUCUGGAAACUCACAUUGAUUUGCACCUCCACCGUAUUUGCUAUUAUCCUAGUCAUGGGCUCCGGAGGCAAAAAGAUGGCUGGAUGGAACAAACAGGCAUUAAGUUCAUACGCAACGGGAGGCUCGGUGGCGGAAGAAGUCCUGGCCUCGAUAAGAAACGCAGUCGCCUUCGGUACCCAGGAUAAGCUCGCGAAGCAGUACAACGUCCACCUCCUGGAGGCUCGACGGUGGGGAAUACGAAGCAAGAGCGCUCUGGCCUGCAUGAUAGGAGGCAUGUUGUGUCUCCUUUUCUUGAAUUACGGCCUCGCAUUUUGGAUGGGUUCGCGAUUUCUGGUCGAUGGCGAGACCACUCUUGCUCAUAUCUUGACCAUUAUCUUUGCCGUCAUGAUCGGUGCGUUCUCUUUCGGCAAUGUUGGGCCUCAUAUGCAACAUUUUGCUGCUGGUGUUGGUGCAGCCUCGAAGAUCUACUCGACUAUCGACCGAGUGUCCUCAAUAGAUCCCCUCUCUGAUGAUGGCAAAAGACUGGAUCAGGUUGAGGGAACUCUCGAAUUGCGAAAUGUCAAGCAUAUCUACCCUUCACGAGCCGAAGUUGUGGUCAUGGAAGACGUCAGUCUGGUCAUACCCGCAGGCAAGACAACCGCGCUUGUCGGAGCUUCUGGGUCGGGUAAGUCGACUAUUGUCGGCUUGGUAGAGCGGUUCUACGAUCCAGUGGGCGGUGUGGUCCUCCUUGACGGCCACGACAUCAGCACACUCAACGUUCAUUGGCUUCGACAGCAAAUUGCCCUCGUCCAACAAGAGCCGAUUCUCUUUAGCCAGACCAUCAAAGAAAAUAUCAGAAAUGGUCUCGUCGGUUCCAAGUAUGAGAACGAGUCAGAAGAACAGCAAAUGCAACGUAUAGUUGAUGCCGCAAAACAAGCAAACGCACACGACUUCAUUUCUUCACUUCCUGAAGGCUAUGAAACGCACGUCGGCGAGCGCGGAUUUCUACUGUCUGGCGGUCAAAAGCAACGUGUCGCCAUCGCCAGAGCCAUCGUCAGCGACCCCAAGAUCUUACUACUGGACGAGGCUACAAGUGCCUUGGACACAAAAAGUGAAGUUUCGGUGCAACACGCGCUAGACGCUGCAGCGAAAGGCAGAACUACUAUUAUAAUUGCUCAUCGGUUGUCAACCAUCAAAACUGCUGACAACAUUGUGGUCAUGCAAGAAGGUCGGAUUGUGGAGCAAGGCACCCAUGACGAGCUACUGGAACGAAAACAGGCUUACUUCAACUUGGUCUCUGCUCAGCGCAUCGGCAGUAAGGAGGACGAGACGUCUGAGCAGGAGACCGGGGCCAGUGAAGCAGAACUUACCAAGAUGCAGUCCACCAAAUCUAGUAGUGCCGGCAUGGUAGAUCCUGACGACGAGAAGCUUGCAUUGGGCCGGACGAGAAGUGGGAAAUCCGUGUCCUCUAACGUCCUCGCAGAGAAGAAGGCGGAGAAGGAAGCUCAUUAUUCUCUCUGGACUCUCAUAAUGUUCAUUGCACGCUUCAACAAGAAAGAAUGGUGGAUUAUGUGUAUCGGGUUCGUCUUCACGGCUAUUGCAGGAGCCGCCCAGCCGGUUCAAGGAGUUUUUUUCGCCAAAUGUAUCGUGGCACUGUCCCAGCCGUUGACUCUCCGACAUCGGAUUCGACACGAAGUCGACUUCUGGUCGUUGAUGUAUCUGAUGCUAGCAUUCGUGGAUCUGAUCGCGAUGUGCAUACAAGGCAUCGCCUUCGCCUACUGCAGUGAGAGCUUGAUUCAGCGCGCACGAGACGGUGCAUUCAGAAGAUUCUUGAGGCAAGACAUUGCCUUUUUCGACGAGGACGAAAACUCCACAGGCGCCCUUACGUCUUUCUUGUCGACGGAGACAACCCAUCUUGCGUCUAUCUCUGGGGCGACACUGGGGACCCUCAUAAGCUGUUCAUCCACUUUGGUUGUUGCGAUUGUGGUGGCGCUCGCGAUCGGCUGGAAGUUAGCACUUGUAUGCAUGUGCGCUUUGCCCGUCAUCCUCGGGACGGGAUUCCUCAGAUUCUGGGUCCUCGCCAAGUUCAGCGCUGCAAACCGGAAACAUUACGAAAAGUCUGCCGGAUAUGCUUGCGAACACACCAAUGCCAUCCGAACAGUUUCAUCUUUGACGACCGAGCGAGAGAUCUAUAACGAGUACAAGCGCCAGCUUCGAGCUCAGCUACGCGACUCUCUCAAAUCGAACCUGAAGCACGCCUCCCUGUACGCCGCAUCGCAGUCCGCCAUGUUUUUGGCAUUUGCACUCGGCUUCUGGUACGGAGGCAAACUUUUGGUCCGAGGCGAGUACACUUUGUUUCAAUUCUUCAUUGUCUUUUCAGAAAUCAUCUUCGGUGCACAAUCAGCAGGCACCGUUUUCUCGUUUGCUGGGGACAUGUCCAAGGCGAAAAAUUCAGCUGCUGAAUUGAAGAAGCUCUACGAUCGUCAGCCUUCCAUUGACCCGUGGUCAGAAGACGGCGCACCAAUCACUGAAGUUGAUGGAACCAUUGAAUUCCGAGAUGUGCAUUUCCGAUAUCCCACGCGACCAGAGGUUCCCGUACUGCGAGGCCUCAACUUGACCGUCAAACCUGGACAGUAUAUUGCUCUUGUUGGCGCGUCCGGAUGUGGCAAAUCGACAACUAUCGCACUGUUGGAGCGUUUCUAUGACCCGCUCGCAGGCGGCAUUUAUGUCGACGGCAAAGAAAUUUCAAGCCUCAACCUUAAUGACUACCGCUCCCAUCUUGCUCUGGUAUCCCAAGAGCCAACACUAUACCAAGGCACCAUAAAGGACAACGUCCUCCUCGGAGUUGACAGAGGAGAAAUAAGCGAUGAGCAGAUCAUCCGAGCCUGCAAGGACGCGAAUAUUUAUGAAUUUAUCAUGUCUUUACCGGAUGGCUUCGCCACUGACGUCGGCAGCAAAGCAGCCUUGCUCUCUGGCGGCCAGAAACAGCGCAUUGCUAUUGCUCGUGCCUUGCUCCGGGACCCUAAGAUUUUGCUAUUGGACGAGGCCACAAGCGCUCUUGACAGUUCCAGUGAGAAGGUCGUGCAAGCAGCUCUGGACUUUGCUGCUAAGGGCAGGACCACCAUAGCGGUGGCACACAGAUUGAGCACGAUUCAGAAGGCGGAUAUCAUUUACGUAUUCGACAAAGGUGUCAUCGCAGAAAAAGGCACCCACCAUGAACUGAUGGCUUUGAGGGGAAAGUAUAGAGAGUUGGUGAGUCUACAGAGUCUAGAAAAGCAGCGGUGA